AAAAAGAUACCAGGCAUAUCUUCAUUAACUAAUUAGAUGGUUCUCCAUCCAUUGACCACGCUAGCAAGCGUGCGCCGGGACUAACAUGAGCGUAGCAUGACAAUAGUAUCUUCUCGAGCGGAGGCCGAAGUCAAGCGCGUCGAUAGCAGCCGAUUCUAUCGCCAGACGCUAUCUGACUAUUCGUUUGUGGUGGUAGAUCGUGACAAUGUAGAUCUCCUCACGAAAGAGGACUACUGCGGCGGGACAUCCACGAUGGAACAGUGAUGUAGUAUUAUUGAACAUGUCCUUUGAUACGGACUGGAGUAAGCAGCCAGAAACCGUUGACGUAUCGGUGGAGAAUGGAUGUCCAGAUGUCGAUUUGUGUACCAGGCAAACUAACCAUGAAGGUGUGAAUGUAGUGAGCAUAUUGAACAGAAAGGUAUACUCCAAUAUCCAUUGCAAAUAGGACCGGGAAUAUUCGACUUCCGGUAACUAUAUAGAGACCGAGACUGGCGU